CCCUGUGUGUAGCUGCGAGUCUCAUAUUUGAAGAAAUUAAUGGGAUUUUACCGCUCGCUUCAGUGGGGUUGUAGUCUGUUUUGACAGGCGAUCAAUUUUUAAAUCCUCAUGUACAUCCCCACCAGCACUUGCACAAAAUCUAGUGUUCUUCACCUGACCUGGGACCCCCCACCCAUGCCUCCCUUGAGUAACUAUCCGGUUUGAAAUGACGAUGAACGUGGGACCGAAGGGCGGCCCUCAGGGAGGCCGCACAAGCAGCCCGAACGAAAAAAUAUCACCGAUUAGUCGAUACGACUCAUGUCGUACAUCUUUAUUUAUUUAUAUGUACGUCUCUUUAUUUGGCAGACAUUCAUAACUGCGGCGACUUCCUGGCAUUGCAAAUCAUACAUACGGCGUGCACAUUUUUUCCAGAAUAGUAAACAAAUCGUUAAAUCGGGCGGGUGGGAAGGCGCACAGUGGGCCCGGUGUGUGACGACAGCCCGAGUGCGUAUACCGGUGGAGGAGAACGGCGCCGGCACGCUCGGGCCAAUUCUGCGCGGUCAGCCAGGACUGACGCCGUAGCCACAUCCGUGAUUAGGCGGUUUGUCACGCAUCCAUCUCGGACAUGAACCGAUGCGAAGAUUUAUCUCAUUAAAUUAAUGGCCGGGACCAGAAGUCCCGCUCCCAAGCCCCCUCUAACCUCAGUUCGUUUUGCUAUGAUGUGGCCACAGUCCAGGAUGACGCUGCCCCAGGUACCCAGGAGUACAUUAUGUUACGUCAGGAUUCCAUCCAUUCUGCGGAUUUAAGGAAAAAAGGGUCCCCUUUUCGCGCUAAGUGUCACGAAAUCUUCUGCUGCCCACUGAAGCAAGUCGUCCUCAAAGAGAACACAGAGCCUGAAGAGCCCCAGCUGAAGGGCAUUGUGACGAAGCUGUACAGCCGACAGGGCUUCCACCUGCAGCUGCAAGCAGAUGGAACCAUCGACGGCACCAAGGAGGAGGACAAUGGUUACACCAUGUUCAACCUCAUCCCCGUGGGCCUCCGGGUGGUGGCCAUCCAGGGAGUGCAGACCAAACUGUACCUGGCCAUGAACAGCGAGGGCUACCUGUACACAUCGGAACACUUCACGCCCGAGUGCAAGUUCAAAGAGUCGGUGUUUGAGAACUACUACGUGACGUACUCCUCCAUGAUCUACCGGCAGCAGCAGUCGGGAAGGGGCUGGUACCUGGGUCUCAACAAGGAGGGUGAGAUCAUGAAGGGCAACCAUGUGAAGAAAAACAAACCGGCGGCGCACUUCUUACCCAAACCGCUCAAAGUGGCCAUGUACAGGGAGCCCUCGCUCCAUGACCUCACCGAGUUCUCUCGCUCGGGCAGCGGGACGCCAACCAAGAGCCGGAGCGCGUCCGCCGUGCUCAACGGUGGCAAGACGGUGAGCCAGAACGAGUCAACGUAGGGCGGUCGGCGGCGGCUCGGCCGGAUCCUGCGCAAAACCUCCGGAUUCCUGUGACUUCCAAGCUGAUUCCUCUCACCCUCUCCUGUCAUCAGCGGUUGAGGACAAAAGACAAGAACGACUCCACGUCUGAUUUUGGCCCGGCGGCGUUUCACUUUUCCCGCUGCCAUGGCCACAAGCACGAGAAAAUAACGAUGCUCAAAAGGAUACGAGAAUGACGCCACCGACUGUUCCAGUAGCUCGCUCUUGUAAAGAUGAAACCCAGCAGUCCUUCCGAGGUUUCUUUGUCCCUUUGGGUGACCAUUCUUGUAAGUCGUGGUCGGGUAGGCCGCCCCGUUGGCUCCAGUCCAGAUGUCAAGGCUCAUCGGGCACUGCUUAGGAGGAGGGGCCUGAUCUCUAACUCCUCCCUGCUGUCUGAGCACAGGGCGCGACCCCUCAGUGCUACAGCUAGAAGGCAACGUUUUUGGUAGAGGCUCGCAUCAUCGGGGAAGUGCCACCAUUCCGCGGAACUGAAAACAUCGAGAAGCUGUGACUCCAGUCGGCCUUUGUGUUUUCCAGACCAUUCGAGAGCUUUUUCCCUGUUUUUCUUGUUUCGUGUUAGUGUGUUUUGCUGUUCUGCAGAGCGAGGAACACCGAUCCUGCAGACUGUCCAUGUAUAAUGACGAAGGGAAGCAGCGAUGAAGUGAUGCAAACACAGGAACUGGGCAGAGAAGGAAUGGAGAAUUACUGCAUGUGGGAAUAUGAUUCAGUAUUGAGAUGGUAAAUUAACUGGUGUGCAAAGUUACUGUAUGACUGUUAACUGUCCCCCUUCUGUGUUAAUCCUGUUGAGUUGUCUCUGUCUCCGCCCCCUUUGUCCAUAGCCAAUCAAGUGGUUGUGUCAAACCUUGCGCCCUCCUUCGGCAGUCAAUCAUUGGCUGGCUGCUCACCAUGGCAACUUGGUCACGUCCUCGCCCAGGGCACCGUUUUGUGUACAAAUAACUCAUCGUGGUGACAAUUUUCUAUGGGAAACUUUAAAAAAAAAAAAAAAAUCUGUGGAAGUUUAGGUGGCUUGACAUUUUAUAUAAUAUGUCAUAUUUGUAAAAGUGAACAUAAUUAAAAAAACAAUAAAGUUCCCUUUGUUGCACAGGGCAUGCACCAAUACGUUGUGAACAAGGACCCCUCUUUGUUGGCAAAAUUCUGAUUUUACUGCAGUACCACGGCAUCAUACCUGCCCAUUGGAGGUUCUUGUUUCUUUGGUUUAAUUAUAUCUUUACAUGAAACAUAUCUGCUGCAUGGGAGACAGCUGGGACUUCUGAAAUAGAGCUGCAUGACAUAGGCUAUGUGUAAUAUUCCAUGUUGGACCAUUUGUGUCCAAAGAGCACCAGGGACAAAAACAACACUUUCACGGUUGCUUUCAGCCCAUUACUUUCCAAUUGUUUAUUAUAUGUUAUAUACACACAAAA